CAUUUGAUUUUCUUUUCUUUCUAAAAGCAGCCAAAACAAACCAAAUGCAUAAUCUUCCCACAGAGAUUUUUUUUUUAAUAAAAAAACCCUAAAAAAGGUGGCUUUUCUCCUUCAUUGAUGACCCAUCCAUGACUCAUCCUCAAUACCACAAAGGGGUUUCAAAGAUUCAACUGCCUCUCCUUCUUGUCUUUCCCUUCCCCUUUAUAUAUCUCUCCUCAACCGCUCUCCUCUGUCAUCAGACCACAACCAAACUCACAACCCACAGGGAACAGAUUCAUCGUUCUCCAGUCGAAGAUGAGCACGAACAGACUUCAACAACAAGUCAUCUCCUUCCCUCCCGUCGAGAAAUCUCCCGUCGGUUACUUGCCUGAUACGGCAUCUGUAAGCAAGUUCCGGGUUUCGACUUCUUCCAAGAAAUCCGAACAAAGCAAAGGAAAAUCGGUUAUCAGAAGGAUAAGCACACAAGGGAAGAAAACCGACGGUUUCGCCUUCACCAAUGGGGCAAGAGACCAGACCAUGUUGGGACCAAAGCUUACCGAAACAGUGAAGAGGAAACUAACCUUGGGGGCGAGGAUUCUUCAAGUGGGAGGGCUCCAGAAAAUCUUCAAGAGGCUAUUCAGGGUCGGUGAAGGGGAGAAGCUGCUCAAGGCCUACCAGUGCUACCUGUCAACGACGUCUGGUCCUAUCCCGGGUCUUCUCUUCAUCUCGUCCAAGAAGAUCGCCUUCUGCAGCGAAAGAUCGAUCAAGAUUUCUUCUCCCGAGGGAGACACGGUCAGGGUUCACUACAAGGUAUCCAUCCCACUGAGCAAGAUCAAGAGAGUGAACCAGAGCCAGAACACGGAGAAGCCGUCACAGAAGUACCUGGAAGUAGUCACGGUCGAUGAUUUCGACUUUUGGUUCAUGGGAUUCUUGAGCCACCAGAAAGCUUUCAACUCUCUUCAGCAGGCGCUGUCUCAGAGCUUGGAAGAAGAAGAAGACGAUGCCCAAUAAGUCAGGGUUCUCUGAGGUGGUUCAGGUUGAGAAGAAGAAACAUUUCGUCUCUUUCUUUACUUGUUUCAUCAGAAUUGUCAUAUGAAUGAAAUUAGGGGAGCCUAGAAAGACAAAAAAAAAAAAAAAAUUGUACAAAACUCAUUUUUACCAUUUCUUUUCCACUGUAAACACUGCUCAUGCAAGAACAGGAACUCAACA